GCCUCCUUGCAACCCAAUUUCCGGUGGUUGCUGUUGCGGCGACGGCCUGACCCGACAGAAUCAGUAGAGAGUCCCACAGAGAGUGGUUGGGAGAAAGCGAAGGCGGAGCAGGGACUCACGCAGAGAGGCCAGAGGCAACCUCCUCCUCCUCGGAGCGCCCUUCUCGGCGGAAGAACUCGGGCGGCCAAGGAAGGGUUAAGUGCCCAUCCCUCAGGCUCCGCAGGGCGGCUGCUGCUGCUGCUGCCCCCUUUUCCCAGAGGCCUUCUGGGCUGCUGCUGCUGGGUGGGAGCGGCCGAAGCAGAGCUCAAAAGCUGCCAGCCCGCGCCCAGCUUCUUCCCGCUUCCUCCUCUCUCCUGCGGGCUGUUGCGGUGGGUCGUCGGGGGUCUCCGCCCUUCGGGUCCCUUCCCAGAAGCUGGGUGGGUCCCUCCGCGUGCCUGGAGCCCCGGCGGCACUCCAGGGCUAGAAGGAAUGGGGCUCGGCGCCGGGGACCUGCAGCCGCGGCGGACCCCGCUGGCGGCGGCAGCGCUGCUGCUCGUCCUCCUGGGCGCUCUGCUGCUGCUGGUCCGCGGCAUGGAGGAUGCCCCGCUCCGGCGGGAGCGCUUGCUGCUGAGCCUGAGGUCGCUGGGGCGGCUGCGGGAGAGGAAGCCCGGCGGUCCCCGAGCCCCGGCCGCCCCGGUGCCGCCGCUGCUCUGGAAGAUCUUCCAGAAAAGAGCCGCCGCCGCUGCCGCCGCCCCGGCCGCCAAAGCACCCCGACGCGCGUGUUGGGUGGACGAGUUCAACGUGCGUGGGAACGUGCUCCGCGUGUUCGCCGACCAAGGCGGCUUUAUUCACCGAGGGGAGCCCCAGAGCGGGCUAUGUCUCCAAAAGCGGCUGUAUUUCAACCUCUCCGCUCUGGAGGACGGCGAGGAAGUGACGCUGGCCCAGCUGCGGCUCACAUUCGGCCACAACUCUUACCGGGGCGCGGACCCCGAGCACCCCUAUGAGCUGAGCCUCUUCAGGGCUUCCCAGAUGACCCUGCGAGGGAUGCCCGCCCGCCCCUCCAGCCGCAAACGCCUGGUGGGGCAGUCAUUCAUCCAUCUCCACCGGGCCUUCGCCUUCGAUCUGACCCAGGUGGCCAGAGACUGGCAGGUGGCCAGCAAGAACUUUGGCCUCAUCCUAGAAAUCGGCGUCCCGACGCUGCCGGAUCGCAAGCUGUGCCCCGGCCUCGAUUCCUUCCUGGAUGCCUCCCUGCUGGUGGUCUCCCUCGCUCCCAAGGAGUGCGCGAGCCUCCGGAAGAGACGCAGCGUCUACUACAGCCCCGUCUCCAUCAGCAACGUGUGUAAGCCCCGCCAGCUCUACAUCAGCUUCAGCGACGUGGGCUGGGAGAACUGGAUCAUUGCCCCGCAAGGCUACAUGGCGAAUUACUGCCUGGGGGAGUGUCCCUUCCCGCUGACCGAGGAGCUCAACAGCACCAACCACGCCAUCUUGCAAACCAUGGUCCACUCCCUGGACCCCGAAGGGACCCCGCAGCCCUGCUGCGUCCCUGUGCACCUCUCCCCGAUCUCCAUCCUGUACUACGACAACGACGACAACGUGGUUUUGCGGCAUUACGAGGACAUGGUGGUGGACGAAUGUGGCUGCCGCUAAAGAGAAGGCGCCUUCUGGUCCAUUACAGAUACUCCUGAAGAGAGACAUCGGGCAUGAGCUUCCAAGAGCGAUUCUGCUGUCCCGUUGCUUUGUAAGUUGUGGGUGUGUUGGCGGAUUCCAGACUGCUGUGACGUAUCAGUCGCUUCUCCGUAUCGAUCGCUUCUCCGUAUCAAUUUUCUUCUUUUUUUGGACAACGGUUUCACUGGAACUGCACGAAUCCUUUUAGUAUUUCCAGAAACGGGUGUAUUUUGCAAUGCUGUGCCUCCUACUUUAUGUAUGUCCUUUCCCGAUUGUAUUCCCAAGAGAGGAAAAUAGGGCAAAAUAUUGUUCUUGGACAGAGAAAAUGCUAUGGGAUUGGGAGACGUAGAAUCGCAAUGCUUCUUUGCAGCUGAGGGUGGAUUACAAGGCACAUUCAUAUUGUUCUUAAUCAGUAGGCAUUGCCUCUUGGUGGGGGAAUAUUGGAAGCAAUCUGUACCGCUUUGUCAUAAUAAAAAGAGAAAGGGCUGAA